AGUGGUCGCGGAAGGUGACGUGGACACGGAAGUGGUCGUCGUCGCGGCACCGGUGAGAGCCAGGCGCGGGGCUCGGAGUGCGGUCGGCGGGCGGACAGGUGGAGGUGGUCUCCCGGAGGCGGUCCCGCACCGGCGGCGACGGAGGGCUCAGGCGUUGUCGUUUGGGUGGGGGCCGGCUGAACUGACAAGCGGCAUUUCAGCUCCUUUCCCCUGCCAAUCGGAACCCCGGAGCCGGGGCCCGCUCAGCCAGCAUCACCAUGACCAAGGCUGGUAGCAAGGGCGGGAACCUCCGCGACAAGCUGGACGGUAACGAACUGGACCUGAGCCUCAGCGACCUGAAUGAAGUCCCGGUGAAGGAACUGGCUGCCCUUCCAAAGGCCACCAUCCUGGAUCUGUCUUGUAAUAAACUGACGACUCUACCGUCGGAUUUCUGUGGCCUCACACACCUGGUGAAGCUAGACCUGAGUAAGAACAAGCUGCAGCAGCUGCCAGCAGACUUCGGCCGCCUGGUCAACCUCCAGCACCUGGAUCUCCUCAACAACAGGCUGGUCACCUUGCCUGUCAGCUUUGCUCGGCUCAAGAACCUGAAGUGGCUGGACUUGAAGGAUAACCCCCUGGAUCCUGUCCUGGCCAAGGUGGCAGGUGACUGCCUGGAUGAGAAGCAGUGUAAGCAGUGUGCAAACAAGGUGUUACAGCACAUGAAGGCUGUGCAGGCGGAUCAGGAGCGGGAGAGGCAGCGGCGGCUAGAAGUAGAACGUGAGGCAGAGAAGAAGCGUGAGGCCAAGCAGCGAGCUAAGGAAGCCCAGGAGCGGGAACUGCGGAAGCGGGAGAAGGCAGAAGAGAAGGAGCGCCGGAGAAAGGAGUACGACGCCCUCAAAGCAGCCAAGCGGGAGCAGGAGAAGAAACCUAAGAAGGAAGCGAAUCAGGCCCCAAAAUCUAAGUCCGGCUCCCGACCUCGCAAGCCACCACCCCGGAAGCACACUCGUUCCUGGGCUGUGCUGAAGCUGCUGCUGCUGCUGUUGCUAUUUUGUGUGGCAGGAGGGCUGGUUGCUUGUCGGGUGACAGAGCUGCAGCAGCAGCCCCUCUGCACCAGUGUGAACACCAUCUAUGACAAUGCGGUCCAGGGUCUACGCCGCCACGAGAUCCUCCAGUGGGUCCUCCAGACCGACUCUCAGCAGUGAGCUUGUCCCCAGCACCUGCUGCCUCCCAACCUUGGAGCUUGGAUUCCUAUGGAAUUGGGUUCUGCUGGACACAACCUCUUUUUAGCAUCAGACCUACCUGCCAUCAUCAAAUGGCUGCAGAUUGGUACAUGAGACCUCCUCUUUGUAGGACUUCUUCAUUCCUUAGUCAGGGUUCCCUGGUGGAAUGAGGAGAAAUGGGAGGUGGUGGGGGGGGCAGUUACCUGCAUGCCUAAAGGAGUAGGCUUGGGGGUGGGGAGAGAGAAAACAUAGCCUUUUCUAGUUGUUUUACAAAGCUGUGUAAAGGCAAGGCUCGUUUCUACUAAAUGGUCAGCUGUCACUACAUUUAUACUUUUGUAUGUCACAAACCCUUUCUUUCAUUCCUCCCUGGGCAAUCAGGGCAGAUCAGAAGUUUUUGGGGACUAGGACACCACACUCAGUAAAUCCAAUCUAAAUGGUGGGGAGGGGUAUUCCUGUUUUCUUUAGGACCUCAGAGAUGUAAGCAUUUUAGCCAUACAAAAUAUCUGGCUGUGAAAGGGACUUCAUGGCCAUCCAGUCCAAUAUAACACACUUGCAGGCAGAGAAACUGAGGCCUUCCAUGACUUGCCUAGUCUCCCAGCUAGUUUGAGGUAAAACUGGAUUCCCACUCUGACAUUCUUUCUUUCCAUCAUUUUCCGUCCUUUGUAAUGUCCUGAGAGACUAGAACUCACACCAGAAUUAUUUCUCAGGUGGAGCAUAGCAUCUUUCAUAGUAGACAGAUUUCAUGACUCAGACAUAGAAAUCUCUUGCCAUCAUCAGGUCUUAGGCAGCUCCUGUGGAGUCCUGCCCAACUUAUGUGGCUUCCAUAAAAUGGCAACAGUCCAGGCUCCUUGCCUCAAUUUUAGAGCAUUAACUCCCUAAUUGCCAGUAAGCAAGGAGGUGGAUCUCUGCACAUCUACACUGUCUGUGACAGCUCUAGUUGUACUUGGUGUGACUAAAUACCUCAAAGGCAUCCUGCUUUUGCAGGUUUUGAAGUAUCAGCUUCAUAGGACACUGAGGUUUAGAAUUGUUUGAUUCUAGACCAUAAAUGAAGGGAAUAAAUGGAAACAGAGGAAAUGUUUGAUUCUAGACCAUAAAUGAAGUGAGUAAAUGGAAACAGAGGAAAUGAAGGGAAACAAGGAGCAUCAUGGAGCUGAAACGUGGUGCAUCACCCAGUGACUAGCACAAACAAGGAUCGCACUGUCCAUUCUCUUGUCUGCUAGAUUAAGUAUUUUCUUGCCUCCUUUGCUUCAUCUUUUCACAACAGCCAGAUGGAGGGAUCAGAAAUGACUGUGUCAUGGUGCUCAUUCACUGAAGACUCCCAGUUGCAAGCUCCUUGCCUCCCCCGGAGGGAGCAAGAAGCCGUCAUAGUUCAGAGACAGAGAGGGCAGGGUCCAGCCUUCUAGCCCUAGUGACCUGUUCGGAUGGGACUGCCACUCAUGACCAUCCUGGUACUGGAAGAAAGGACUUUGUUAAUCUUCUCCCCCAUAGCUCUGCUGCGUAGGUCUACAUCAUACUCAGAAUCACUACACAUUCCCUUAGUCUUCCUUCGAGCUCCAGAGCCGUUGGUACAAAUGCUUUAUUGAAACUAAAUACGUAAUACAUACAAUGAGAUAAGACAACAUAGAAGUCCGCAUAGUUAUAUCCUGUUCCUUGGCCGGUUGAGGCAGCUCAGUGGCUGAGCCCCGUCAAGCCAAUCCGCAGCUUCACUCACGACUUCGAGAUUUGAUGCUAAUUCUUUUGGAUUUCUUAUUAAAUACGUGUCUGAGUGGA